AUGACAACAGGAUCAUCUGUUCAAGUGACAGGAAUAACUCCUUCAUCAGUUGAAAGAUUAGUGACAACUGGACCACCUGUCAUAGUUUCAGGAACAACUGGACCACUGGGAACAACUACACUAUCAUCUGGCCUGACUGGUACAACAAGACUAUCAGCUGGGGUGCCAGGGACAACUGGACCACCAGUUGGCACAACCAAUGGAGAAAGAAGUACUACCAGAGAAACAGGAAGUGAGGUUACCACACCUGAAAUUACAACUGGAGUGCCUGCUACAACUUCCUCAGGAGUAAGAGGCACAAGCACAGCUUUCGUAUCAGUGCCAUCGAAACAGCCUGAAGUUGAAGGUACCACUGGAGUAACCACUGGCACAACUCUAGUUCCCAGUAGUUCCAACACAGGAACUUCUGGUAGUGUCUCAGGCAAAACCCUGGAACCUGGAAGUCAUAUCACAGGUACCACAAUUAUUUCUCCUGAAGUCAAUAGCAGUUCAGAAACUUCCAACACAGCAACUACCACGGUGGCUCCUGGCAACACUGUUGCCUCUGGCAGUUCCAAUACAGAGGCCACAACUUCCCUUGGAGGACAUGAAACAACAAGAGGGGGAGGUGCUACAGGUACCACUGGUGUCAUCUCUGGAACAUCUCUGCAACCUGGAAGUUACCACACAGCCACCUCUGGGGUUACCCCUGGCACAACAGUUGCUCCAGGCAGUUCCAACACAGGCACUACUGAGGGCAUUUCUGGCAAAACUCUGGAAUCUGGACGUGUCAGCACAGUUACCACUGGAGAAUUAUCCAGAACAACCAUUAUAUCUGGAAGUUCUAACACAGCAGCCAUGUCUUCCCCUGUAGUGAGUGGAACAGCUGGAGUUGGAACCCCUACAGACACAGGGGGUGUCCCCUCUGUUACAAUUGCACAUGGGAGCCCCGGUGCAGGUACUAGUGGAAGAAUCUCUGGCAUAACUGCUAUACCUGGAAGUUUCAUUACAGGUACCACUGGUGUGGCUGCAAGCACUACUGUUGCACCCGGAAGUUCCAGUACAGGUAUCACCACAAUUUCAAGUGAAGAAAAUACAGGCUCAGAAGGUACUAUUUCAGAUACCACUCAACUUGUCUCUGGAAGCAGCAUCUCUUCUGGAAAUGUCAACACAGGAGCCACUGCUGGCACAGCUGAGAGGCCAAGCUCUGAGAGAGAAACAGGCACCACCAGUGCAGUCUCUGGCACAACUAUUGCAUCUGAGAGCUCCAACACAGAGGCUACAACUUCUACAGAAGUUAAAGCUACCACUAGAGUUGAAAUGACAACUGGUACUACUUCAGGUUCCACUGGAGUUUCCAGGAAACUAAAAAGUUCUAGUUCUGGUUCCACUGAAACAGACUCUGGGACUACAGUCUCACCUGGAGGUCUCCAAAAAGAAGCCACAACUUUUAAGAAAGUUGUUGAAACUACCAGCACAGGAAUUUCAUCAGACAAUACCCCAGGAUCAGUGGAAGUCACCAGUAGCCAGGAAGGUACCUCUAAGGAAGCAUCUGAAACAACCACUGCCCCUGGAAUUACCAUCACAGGUUCCACUUCAGUUUCAGUUAGAGUCUCAACAGGCCCAUGAGUAUCCCAGCAAGAAAGCACUGUAGUAGCAACAGAUCAAGAAGCUGAAAGUAAAACUGGGUGUCCAGCAACACUUCCACCAGCUCCAGUUUGUCAUGGUCCACUUGGAGAAGAGAAAUCUCCUGGAGACAUAUGGACAUCCAAUUGCCACGAAUGCACCUGUACUGAUGCAAAGUCUGUAGAAUGCAAACCUAAGGAGUGCCCUUCUCCAUCCACAUGCAACACUGAAGAGAAGCUUAUAACAUUUAAAUCAAAUGAUUCCUGCUGUGAAAUUGGACACUGUGAACCAAGAACAUGUUUAUUUAAUAAUACUGACUAUGAGAUUGGGGCUUCAUUUGAUGACCCCAGCAACCCAUGCGUCUCCUACUUCUGCAACAACACUGGCUUGGUGGCAGUAGUGCAAGACUGCCCGAAGCAGACCUGGUGUGCAGAGGAAGAUAGAAUCUACGAUUCCAAAAAUUGUUGCUAUAAAUGUAAAAAUGAUUGCAGACCUUCUCCUGUGAAUGUGACUGUUAAGUAUAAUGGUUGCAAGAAGAGAAUUGAGAUGGCAAGAUGCAUAGGGGAAUGCAAAAAGACUCUCAAGUACAAUUAUGAACUCUUCCAGUUGGAAAAUUCUUGUAUUUGCUGCCGAGAAGAUAACUAUGAGUACAGAGACAUUGCUCUUGACUGCUCUGAUGGCACCACGAUCUCGUACAAAUACAGGCACACCACGACCUGCUCCUGUUUGGACCAGUGUGAACAGUCUCAAACCUCAGUGACACAUUAG